ACCUGCACACGCCCAUGUUCUUCUUCCUGCUCAACCUGGCCCUCGCUGACCUGGGCUCCAUCUGCACCACUGUCCCCAAAGCCAUGCACAAUUCCCUCUGGGACACCAGCACCAUCUCCUACAUUGGAUGUGCUGCUCAGCUCUUUUUCUUAAUGUUCUUCAUUGGAGCAGAGUUUUAUCUCCUGACCAUCAUGUGCUACGACCGCUACGUGUCCAUCUGCAAACCCCUGCACUACGGGACCCUCCUGGGCAGCAAAGCUUGUGCCCACAUGGCAGCAGCUGCCUGGGCCAGUGCCUUUCUCUAUGCUCUCAUGCACACAGCCAAUACAUUUUUCCUGCCCCUGUGCCAUGGCAAUGUCCUGGGCCAGUUCUUCUGUGAAAUCCCACAUAUCCUCAAGCUGUCCUGCUCCAAAUCCCAACUCAGGGAAGUGGGACUUGUUGCUGUCAGUGCCUGUCUGGUAUUUGGCUGUUUUGUGUUCAUUGUUUUCUCCUAUGUGCAGAUCUUCAGGGCUGUGCUGAGGAUCCCCUCUGAGCAGGGACGGCACAAAGCUUUUUCCACAUGCCUCCCUCACCUGGCUGUGGUCACCCUGUUCAUCAGCACUGGGUUUUUUGCCUACCUGAAGCCCCCCUCCAUCUCCUCCCCAUCCCUGGAUCUGGCAGUGACAGUUCUGUACUCGGUGGUGCCUCCAGUCCUGAACCCCCUCAUCUAC